GGAAGUGGUGACGUCACCAAAAGAGAGCAAGCGAGAGGACGAGAAAAAGAGAGCAGGAAGGAUCUUCCCGCCCAUCAGGGAUGUGACAAGCUUACAAAUGAAGCCAAAACAACCAUGACGCACUUUUAGCCUCCUCUAUACUCGCAGCCGUCGAAUUCUUGUUUUCUUUUCCCCUCCCCGUCAGCGAGCGCCAUGGUGGAGCAGUCGGACAAAGCCCCGCUUCUGGACUGGGAGGAGAUCCCACCGUCCGACGCCAGCCGGGCGGCUCCGUCGCCACCUGCUCCGCCGCGGAAGAAGCAAGACGUUCCUGCGGUGAAGAAAAGUUCCUUACCGGUCAGCCUCAUCGUGACGGACACCGGCAGGAGGGACGGCGUUUCCUCCACCACCACCACCACUACCGUCACCUGCAGCCCAACAGCUGUUGUUGGCGGCCGGGAGAGGAGCACGCCAGGCCGGGCGCAUAUGCGGGGUCACCCGGCACCUCCCUUCCCGGAUCUGACGGUGACGGAUCAGUGGGAGGAAAAAGACCAGAUCGUGGCCGUGUUUGUGGUCACGUUUAACUCACGAUCAGGAAACAUGGUGGAGUGGUGCCUGCCUCAUGACAUCAACCUGGAUGGAGUAGAAUUCAAGGCAAUGGCCAGCGGCUCCCAUAGGAUCACUAACGACUUCAUAUAUUUCCGCAAAGGCUGCUACUUCGGGCUGGCCUGCUUCGCUAACAUGCCUGUGGACAAUGAGCUGGAGCGUGGAGCCAGGAUGAAGUCCGUGGGGAUUCUGUCUCCUUCCUACACGCUGCUGUAUCGCUACAUGCACUUCCUGGAGAACCAAGUUAGACUCCAGUUGAAGAAUCUUGGUCAUUAUUCUCCACUUGAGGCAUUUUAUGAGGACAAGAAAGCCAUUCUCCCACUGACAGGAAACCGCUUGGUCAACGAAUGCCAUACUUUGAGUGUGACUAGCAUCAACCGCUGUAUGCACCCGGAAAUGAAGAUCACUCAUCCAGCCGGCUGCAUGUCCCAAUUCGUCCAAUUUUUCGGAGAGCACAUUAUGGUGCUGUGGAAGUUCGCGCUGCUGAGGAAGCGCAUUCUCAUCUUCUCCCCGCCGCCUGUCGGCGUGGUCUGCUAUCGAGUGUACUGCUGUUGCAGCCUGGCCAACGUGUCCUUACCUGGCAUUGGCGUGUCGGUGCCAGAAUUACGACCCUUCUUCUACAUAAACAUAGCUGACAUCACUGCCCUGCAAACAGAGCUGUCAUAUGUAGCCUGCACCACGGAGAAGAUUUUUGAGGACAAGAAAGAGCUGUACGACCUUUACGUCGAUAACCAAAAUGUGAAAACGCACAGGAGCCCUUUGCUGCCCUUGCUGCGACCGAACGCCGGGGAUAAGGAGCGGUACAGGAAGCUUAACGAGCAGAGACAAAUGUUGCUGUACUCCCAAGAGGUGAAUGGAGACUGCACGUCCAACGAGGAAGAUCUCAUUAUUGUGUUCUUCAUGGAACUUAAUAACCGCAUCUUCCAGAUCCUGUCCGAGGUGGCGGGGAGCGCUGAACCCAUCCUGACUGCGGAGCAUGUGAGGGCCAUGGGGCUGGACCCUCAGGGCGAUCGCUGCUUCCUGGUGGAGCUGCUGGAGGUGUACGGCGUCGACGUCACUCUGGUCAUAGACAACCUCUGCUGCCACUAGCCUUGGAAAGUUGGGAUUCAAACGGAUGUUGGCGACUUGAAGGUUCUCCCACACAAACUGUACACACUCAGACAAAACGUUCACCUUGAGCCUUGCCUGCGUUUCCUCUCUUUUCUUACGUUUGUCGUUCGGGCUAGCGACGGAGAAUAUGGACUCCCUCUGAGACGCCGGUGCUCCUUUUAGCCGUCUUAUCACUGCACUAUUUUUGUUUGUGCUUCUACACUGAAUGUGUGGUCAGUAAUAACACAGCACGUUUGCUCUCUAACUUCAUAUUUAUGGAGUACGACUGAGUUUUGGACAUUUUAAAGGCUUGGCCACUCUUUUUGCCUUUAAAAAAAAAAGCAAUAGAAGUCUUUGUCCAUUAUCAGCUGUUUUUUUUUUAAAUUUUGUUUACCUUCAAGCACCUUGAACAUGAGAUAAUUAUGUGUUUUUCUUGGGUUGAGUUGAGGUCUGAAUGAAUGUGAUUCUACUACACGUUAUGGUGAAUGCUGCAACAAGCCACUGGACUGUUUUUCAGGAUGCACACUCAUACUAGGACACUUCUUAAACUACUUUUGUCGCCUUGACACUUGACUUAGUAUUGUACAUACACACACAUUUCUGGCCCUGGAAAAUGUACCAACGGUUACCUCAGUCUACAAAGUGUCUGCUUUCAGCUAUUUGAAACCACUAUAGUGAUACCACAAAAAUAGAAAAUCAAUGACGUCAUCAGAAAAGUGGGGCCAAAAGUUUGGACAAACCUUUAUUUUCAUGAGUAUUUACAUUGUAGAUUGUCACUAAAGGCAUGAAAACUCUGAUUGAACACAUGGAUUUAUGUACUUAACAAAAAAAGGUAAAAAAAAAUGAAAACAGGUUUUAUAUUCUAAUUACUUCAAAAUAUCGAUUGAACACAUGGAGGUAUGUACUUAACAACGGGGCGGUAUAGCUCGGUUGGUAGAGUGGCCGUGCCAGCAACUUGAGGGUUGCAGGUUCAAUUCCCGCUUCCGCCAUCCUAGUCACUGCCGUGGUGUCCUUGGGCAAGACACUUUACCCACCUGCUCCCAGUGCCACCCACACUGGUUUAAAUGUAACUUAGAUAUUGGGUUUCACUAUGUAAAGCGCUUUGAGUCACUAGAGAAAAGCGCUAUAUAAAUAUAAUUCACUUCACUUAACAAAAAAGGUGAAAAACUGAAAAUAUGUUUUAUAUUCUAAUUUCUUCAAAAUAUCAAUCAAUCAAUCAAAGUUUACUUAUACAGCCCUAAAUUACAUUAGAUUAGAUUAGAUAGUACUUUAUUUAUUCCUUCAGGUAAAUUGAAAUUUUCAGCACAAUCCCAUUCAAGAUCAGACAAACAUUACAGGGAGACAGAACAGGAUCGCUGACGGGUCUGCCGGCCUCCAGCGCCCCUUACAAAAACGAUGAGAUACAUGUAAACAAGGGGGAAAAUGGGAGAAAAAAAAAUAGAAGAUUAAAAAAAUAAUAAUAAAAAAAUAAAUAAAAAUCACAAGUGUCUCAAAGGGCUGCACAAGCCACAACGACAUCCAAAGUAGCCACCCUUUGCUCUGAUUACCGUUUUGGACACUCUUGGCAUGCUCUCCAUGGGCUUCAAGAGGUAGUCACCUGAAAUGGUUUUCACUUCACAGGUGUCAUAGUUUUGAUGCCUUCAGUAACAAUCUACAAUGUAAAUAAUUUAAAAAAAACGCAUGAAAAUUAAAAGUUGUGUCCAAACUUUCAGCCUUUACUGUGGGUGUCCAUUCCAAAUUGAUUUAUUGACAACAUUCACACAUUAUAACGGGACUGUAGUUUGUCGUUCCAACUCCGCAGAGGACAUGGCGUCGUAACUUUUUCAUGCAUUUUCUGUUCAUCAAAAUAGUGACGUAUCAGAUGUACAAUAACUUUCAAAUCAGUACGCAGGUACAUAGAGCCCAUGAAACAUGUUUUUUUAAGUCUAUGCUAUACGAAAUAAAACCAACACCUGUUUGGCAAUAAUUUCAUGUUCUGUUGGCAAAUAAUAAAUGAUGUACAGUAGGUAGGGGUUUCAUAUGGCACCAUUCAAAACACUUUACUUGACACAUGAAACGUAACUAAUGAGUGGGCGGGUGCACUAUCCACUUUAGUCACCAGAUGGCAGUAGAGUUGAAUAUCUUAAAAUGUGUUUUAUGGCAAUUCCGACUUUGACCACAGUGUCAGUUGCUACGUAGAGUGGUACUUUCUAUUAUUUUCAGCAAAACGAUGAACUCACACUCUUGCUGUCACGUGAGAUCCACCCAGUAAUGAGGCCGUACGAUUCCCUUCCCUGCUGUAUGGGGUCCAAACUGUGCCAAAAUUGCAUGCGCACAGCAUCUUUUCGCGAUGUGUUUUUCUCCAUGCGGGACAUUUAAGCCAUUUGGCACUUAGGGGCAGGCAUUGGAUCAUCUUUUCUGAUUGGUCACUUUAAACGCCUUAAUUCGAACGAAUUGUCAGCGUAAAGCGUGUCUUUUUUUU